GUGUCGGUAAUUAACCCGGUUUACAUGCAUUGAGCUCGGAUGGCCUGACAGGACACGUCUGAGUCGGGGUUCCAGUGUGGCGAUCAGUAUGGGCCGCGGUGUGAGUGUGAAUGCACCGGUACUGACAGCACUGCUGCUGGCGGCACUGUCUGGGUUCCUGCCCGUAACUGUGCUCGCCUCACCGGGGGAUAAAGAGCCAGUGUACCGGGACUGCGUGAAGCUGUGUGCCCGCACGAACUGUACUGGUGCCAACCUGCGUCGCUUCCAGUCUGACCAGCCUCCUUAUAUGAAGCUUACUGGUUGGACAUGUCGGGAUGAUUGUCGUUAUCAGUGCAUGUGGACGACAGUCGGGCUUUACCAGGCCGAGGGUUAUCGAGUGCCUCAGUUCCAUGGCAAGUGGCCAUUUGUGCGCUUCCUGUGUUUCGAGGAGCCGGCAUCUGCGCUGGCAUCACUGCUGAACGGACUGGCAUGUCUGCUGAUGCUUCUGCGUUACCGCAGUGCCGUGCCACGUCAGUGCCCCAUGUACAACACCGUCACCGCCUUCUCUCUGGUGUCUUUGAAUGCCUGGUUCUGGUCCACAGUGUUCCACACCAGAGACACAUAUCUAACUGAGAAAAUGGAUUAUUUUUGUGCAUCAGCGGUCAUCCUGUACUCCAUCUACCUGUGCUGCGUCAGGACGCUGGGUUUACGAAGGCCUGCUGUGUCCAGCGUCAUGGGAGUUUUUCUCAUCCUGGCCUUCACCUCCCACGUCUCCUAUCUCACCUUCAUUAGCUUCGACUACGGAUACAACAUGGCUGCCAACGCCACUAUAGGGUUGGUAAACCUCCUGUGGUGGCUGGGCUGGUGCUGGCAGAACCGGAGGACGUUACCGUACUGGUGGAAGUGUGCCAUCGUGGUGGUGCUGCUGCACGGCCUGGCGCUGCUCGAGCUGCUCGACUUCCCGCCGUUAUUCUGGGUGCUGGACGCACAUGCGGCCUGGCACCUGGGAACCGUGCCCGUCCACUUCCUCUUCUACAGUUUCCUGAUAGACGACAGUCUCCACCUGCUGAACACAGAGAAGGCCGGGGUCAAACUGGAAUAGGAGGAACCCGUCUCGGACCCCCGCCUGCCCCGCCGUCUCCCACCGUCCCUCCGAUCAGGACGGAUUAGAUCUCAAAGUUUGUUUGUUUACACUUUUUACCACACGGCUAUGGACAGAAAGUUUGAUUGAGCUUUUGAUUGAUUGCUUUGUGUUUUUAUUUCCAUUUUUUUUCUGCUUUGUUUGCCUUGAGUAGAGCGGCUACGAUGCGGUUCGCGCCAAAUUUACUGACGUGGGAACAAUUCUUAGGGAUCUUAGGGAUCGUUUCAGCAAUCAGAGGGGCCUUGGAGUGCAAUUUAUUACUUUUUAUUACUUAUUCAUCUUUACAUUUCUGACUUUUGUGUUUGAUUUUAUUUAAAACACUGUAACUUGUCCAGCAAUCUGAAUUUACAAUUAGGGACAUUAA